AUGUUCUGGGGAAAGCAUCACGACGACACGCCCGAAGCGGCCCAACAACCGCCCAUUCCUCGCAAAAAGCUCCCUUCACAUUUGCAAAGACUAGCCGACAACGACGACAGUUUUUAUGAUGACAUUUAUUCCUCAUACUCCGUAGACUCCACCGAAACCCCCUACCGCUACGCCGGAUACGCCAACCGACUCCGCACCGUCUUACUCUCCGCCCACCGCUACGUCGCCUACACCUCCGACAUAGGCGAAUCCUUUCGCCCCGUCGCCCACCCCUGGCUAGUGCGAUCCGCCUACGGCAUUUCCUGGACCUAUCUAAUCGGCGAUGUCGCCCACGAAGGCUACAAAGCCUACCUCCGCAAUCGCCGCGUCCUAGCGCCUCCCUGCGAGGCCUACAAAGAUGCCAGCGACCUUACCCACGAGCAAGUCGCCAAGGGCAUGGUAACCGGCAACAUCGCCGGCUCGUUAACAGGCAGUAGCAGCAGCGAUACGCUGAUGCCAUGGCCCACGACUCACGUCCCCCUAGCUGAAGACUACCGCACCGUCAUGGCCCAGCGCGCCGUGUUCCAGGGUAUCGCCAGUAUGGGUCUUCCGGCCUUUACCAUCCACUCGGUGGUCAAGUACUCUGGGCGCAUGUUGAAGAAUUCCCGGAGUGUCUUUUUCCGUACUUGGGCGCCUAUCGGGCUCGGUCUCUCCGUCGUGCCUUUCCUCCCCUACCUAUUCGACAAGCCCGUCGAAGAGGCCGUCGAAUGGGCCUUCCAUACCGGACUCCGUGCGUAUGCCGGUGAAGAUGCCGUCCGUCCGUUACCUCAGGCCGUGAGGACGCCUCAUGACGAGGAGACCUCUCUAAGCCACUUCCUUAAAUUCCAGGCUGAGAAGAAUAAUGGCGAGGUCAUGGGCUACGAUGCGAACGUCUCCUGGGAGAAGUAUAAGGAGGAACGUCGUCGAGCGAAGGAGCAGCGCAUGCAGGAGCGUGAGCAGCGCGGCGAGAGGGGUCCGUUGGCGUUGUUGGGUUUCGGGUCGAAUUCGAAAGAGAAGAAUGAGUGA